AUGCUUCCUUUCUUCAUAUUUCUAUCUGCUUUCGUCGGCCAAGCCAGAACAGCGACACCCAGCUCCAAAACUACGACCGUGGUGCUUUUUGGAGACUCGUUCACAGACCAAUCUCGCGCUCAUAGUAUCGCAAAUGGGACAUAUCCUGGAAAGGACUACCAGGAGGUGUUUCCUCCGGCAGACACGGCAGCGGAUGGAGGCGUCCAGUGGCCUUGGUACCUCGGCCUUUAUGGCAACUACAAGAUUUGGAACUAUGCGACUGGGGGAGCGGUGUGUUCGAAUGCUCUAACUCCGUUGUUUGGGGAACCAGACGUUGUCAGCGGCCAGAUGGACUGGUUCGUGCAAGACCAUAUCGAAAACAAACGGCUUGGCCUGAACCCAGAGGAGUUCGUCGUCGUUCUCUACAUCGGCACGAACGACAUUGGCAUCCACUCCUUCGCCACGGACGACCAGAGCCCUACCGUGUCGCUCGCCGAUCUGGCCAACUGUCAGCUGCAGACGCUUCGCAAUUUGUUCAAACUGGGAGCACGCCGCUUUAUCGUCAACUCACUCAUCCCGCUGGAGCUCACGCGCCUCUACAGUCCUUCGUCUGCCCCGACCAUAUAUUAUCCUGCACCACACAACGGGACCCAGUGGAAUGCGCGAAUCUACAACUUCGUGCAGACUAUGAACGCGUUGCUGAAGGGCGGCGUGUUGGCGCUGAGGCAGGAAUGGGCCGCAAGGGGAGCGUCGGUCCAGAUGUUCGACACCUAUGGGCUCUUCACGGAGAUGUACCACAACCCGACGCGUUUCUUCAACGGGAGUGCCCCAGCAAACGUCACCGGCCAUUGCCACCAGUGUCCCGACGCAGAUGACUACAGGCAGUGCGGAAUGCCAGGUCCAAUUUCUUUGGCCACAGCGGAGACUGUACUCCCGAUCAGCGAGACUCAUUCAUGUGGUGGGGCAAAUGAACUUCACCCGAGCGAACAAACGGGGCGCAAUCUUGCCAUGGAGAUGUUCCGUGCUAUCAGCGGACAUUCCAAGUUCCUCUCGUGA